CGCAGCGCCGCCCUGCGCGAGGCGGUACUGCCGCGGCGGAGGGAUACCGCGCACCGUAUAUAUAUCGCGGCACACAGGCUCGCGCUACGGCAGUGGUGCUGGGAGUCUCGUGUCCGUGGUGCCGUUACUCGCAGUCGGGCGGCGAGGCUCAGCGCACAACGCAGGUAGCGCGUUAGCAGCAGCAGCGGAGGCACCUCGGCGGUCACAGCCCCUGCGCUGGUGCAGCCACCCUCACACCUGCUCCGCUCUUCCUUCCUUCGCUCGCACCAUGGCUGAUCAGCUGACUGAAGAACAGAUUGCUGAAUUCAAGGAAGCUUUCUCCCUAUUUGAUAAAGAUGGUGACGGCACCAUCACAACAAAGGAACUGGGGACUGUCAUGCGGUCACUGGGUCAGAACCCAACAGAAGCUGAACUGCAGGAUAUGAUCAACGAAGUGGAUGCUGACGGGAAUGGCACCAUUGACUUCCCAGAGUUCUUGACUAUGAUGGCUAGAAAAAUGAAAGACACAGAUAGCGAAGAAGAAAUCCGUGAGGCAUUCCGAGUCUUUGACAAGGAUGGAAAUGGUUACAUCAGUGCAGCAGAACUGCGCCACGUCAUGACAAACUUGGGAGAGAAGCUAACAGAUGAAGAAGUAGAUGAAAUGAUCAGAGAAGCAGAUAUUGAUGGGGACGGACAAGUCAACUAUGAAGAAUUCGUACAGAUGAUGACUGCAAAAUGAAGACCUACUUUCAACUACUUUCCCCCCUCUAGAAGAAUCAAAUUGAAAUCUUUUACUUACCUCUUACAAAAAAAAAAAAAAAAGAAAAAAGAAAAAAGUUCAUUUCUUCAUUCUGUUUGUAUCUAGCAAAACUGAAUGUCAAAAGUACCUUCUGUCCACACACAAAAUCUGCAUGUAUUGGUUGGUGGUCCUGCCCCCUAAAGAUCAAGCCCCCUACAUCAGUUUUACAGUAUAAAUACUCGUACUACCUUAUAAGGAAGCACUUAGUGGACUCCUUAAAGUUCCAUUUGCUAAUGAUUAAUACACUGUUUGGGCUGGCCAGUUUCUCAUGCAUGCAGCUUGAUGAUUGAGCACAGUCAGGCAUUUGUAUUAAAACUGAAAAACGGAAAAAACAAAUUCAAAAUCUCAGAUGGCUUCUAGUUCAAUCUGUUGAGAUAAAUUGUCAGCAGCCAGUUUACUGCAAGCAAACAUUUAAAAUUGGUUUACCUCAGGGUGAUGUGCAGAAAAUGGGUGAAGGUUAAACUCUGAGACACAGCCCUAGAAGUAGGACAGUCCUCUUGAAGUGCCCCAAUCCCAUGGUGACAGUGACACCCUGGUGGCGAGCCCGAGUGCAAUGGUUCACUGCUGUGUGCAUGCAUUGGAGUGACGUGAACAACAAGGCUGUCACCAAAUCACACACAUUUUAUUGAGAAAUGUUUACUAAGGGAGCAUCUUUGGACUCUCUGUUUUAAAACCGUGUGAACCAUGACUCGGAGCCAGCAGAGUAGGCUGUGUCUGUGGACUGGAGCACACCAUCAACAUUGCUGUUCAGGAAAUUAUAAUUUACAUCCAUUCCAAGUUGUAAAUGCUAGUCUUUUAUUUUUUUUUUUUUUUUCCAAUAAAAAGACCAUUAACUUAAAAGUGGUGUUAAAUGCUUUGUAAAGCUGAGAUUGGAAGGGGACAAGGCCAAGGCCGUAGGAGGGGAGGUCAGUAUACACAGAAACACCCACCGUCCAGUGCAAGCUGGAUUUCCCGCCCAUGGUCUCUAGCAUCAACUCCUGAAACCAGACAGAUAUGGAGUUCUUUGUCAUCUAUGAGCACGUAAGUCUAGUUGUUCUUUGUGUGUGUGCACACGCAAAUCAUGGUUGGUUGAUGUUCAGAGUAGAGCCCUAGUGAGGGAAGGCCUCUCGAGCAUGCACUUAGGAUGUCUCAGCUGUGCUGUUGCUGACCUGUUGUAACUACAUGAGGCCAUCUGUGCAGGAGACAUGAUUUAGUGUGUCUGUAAUCCUAUACUCACUGUGUAAUGGUGGAAGCAGGCUGGUCAGAGACACUACCUUUAAUUCAGUUUGUAGUUUACGGUUAUAUUAACUUUAGCCUUUGUACUUUAUUAUUAUUAUUUAAGUUAAUUGCUUUUUCCCUGUAAGUAGAGUUAAUGCUUAACACUCUGGCUUAAAAGCAAAGAAACAAAAACAAAACAAUAUCCCAGAAAGAAUUUCCUGUCUAAUUACAAACCUGUAACCAAAACGUAGAUGUGCUGGUACUAGGCCCUUCCAAGGCACUGGUCUGUUUAAAAAACCCCCCUUAGAAGUGUGUUGCAUUCAAAACAAGGGCCUUGUACAUUUUUCAGGGUGUUAACUGGUUGUAUCUGAUUAGUAAGGGGCUUUGGCUUCCAAAUUCGGGAAUGGCGGGGAGCUGGCAGGCUUCUGUUCUGGCAAGGCAAUGAGAAGCCCUUGGCAACCACAUGGGCGCACUCGGGGCUAACCUGUAGACCCCUGGUUGCUCCCUCUCCUGCUCCCUGUCUUUCUGGCAUUUUGUAGCUCCUUAGAAAUUGUUUUUUUCUGCCAGAGGGAUGGGUCAGAGCUGUAGAGAGGAAGACAUUGCCUGAACACUUCUGCUCAUCCUUGGACUGGGUGGUUGGCAGACAUUUUGGUGUGCUCACUGUAGGUUGACUUUAGUAUCUGAAUCGUUAGGUUUUCCCUUCUGGUAGAGAGGACUGAGGGUUCCAGGUGUGAGGAAGUGAAUGAAUGGCUGUGGAUCUAUCCUGUAAGAAGAUUAAAUCACCAGUCGAUGACCCAGUCUCAGGCUUGUCUUUUAACCUCUUGGUGGUUUCAAAAAGGGUUGGAGGUGACUUUUUAAACAUUUACCUCCUAUCUUUUACCUUUUACCAAGUCUGUAGAGCUGGGUAGACAAUAUUUUAGCAGCCCCAGAGCAGCCAGGAAUCCUGCUUGGGAACCAGAAGCCCUAACCUCUGGGGAAUGUGAAGCUGGGGUUUGGAACUGUAGGAGGCAGAGUCCCACCACCACCUCAGCCUUCUGGCAUCCUGGGGAACAGCCAGCCCAGGGCUUGGUGUUGGCAGUCUGAGUUUGUGAGGUAGAGUGGGGUGUCAAGGCAGUACCCCUGAAGUCAGCACUUUGUGUAAACUGUCCCUCACUUAUAACUACUCUAUAAAUAUAUACAUAUAUUUAUAUAAAUAUAUAUAUAUGAAGUGACUAGUUAACUGGCAUCCUGCUUUAGCCUGAGACUUGCCCUAAGAAACUGCUGAGCCCUUGGCACACCUACAUAGUGUGUUUUCUGUCUGUUGGGGGGAGCUGUUGAGCAAGGCAAACAUCUUGAUAGUUCAGAUGGGCUUUAAUGUACUGUUGCCAGGGAAGGCUUUUUCUGAUUUUUUGACACAUUUUUGCACACUUUAAUUGGUGUCUUUGAGCAACUUAAACACAUUGAAGAUGAGCUACUGUACAUAUUUUUAUAUUCUCUUUAUAAGUGCAUGUCCAACUUGUAACCAUAUUGUAAGGAAUGGCUGUCCAGUAGGCCUAGUGUUACUGUCACAUAAGAGGGAUAGCAUCUGUCAUUCGCCCCUCAGCAUCCUGGGAACUUCUUCUUGAAUGAAGACUGUAAAUUUGGUCAAGUCAACUCUUAGCUCAGUUAUCUUAACCAUUUGAAUGAUUUAUUUGUGUGUCCUAUGUAUCUUUCUCUUUGGCAGCGACCAGAGUUAAACUGAUGUCUCAACUGACCCACUCAGCUGCCAGUCACCUACUUUUUUUCUUUUUCAAUUCCCCUUGAAGUUGUCCAGUAGAAGACAGAUGAUUUGCUGCCUAUCCCUUUGAGUAAGAAAUCAGGGAUGUGUGCUCUUCCCCUAGACCCACAAUGUUCAUGAAACACCUAUAGCAAGGAUGAUGGUGGUCCUUCCGUUACUGAAGUCACCCUUCACUGUGGCUGUUUGAAAAGGAGAUGUACUUGGAUGUUCUGUAAAUCUUGAGAUAAACUGUUUUGGAGACUUAACCACCUCUCUGAUGGGGGACCAACUCUAUGGAAAUUGUAAAUAAGUUUUAUUUAUAAACCUGGCACUGUAUUCAAUAAACAUUUCUGCAGCCUUUCAUCUCUUAACUGUGAA